AUGCCAUCGGUUCGCCGAAUGAUCCUCGGGCACGUUAUGUCCGGUCUGUGUUCCAAAAUGAAUCGCACGAAAAAGCUCCAAGGUGAUUUACUGGAAACUCCAAUGAAAAGAUGUCUUUCCACGUUCGAUAUUACGUUGCUUGGUGUUGGUCAUAUGGUUGGCGCUGGUAUCUACGUUUUGACAGGAACGGUGGCUCAUGACACAGCCGGUCCAGGCGUAAUCCUCAGCUUUCUGCUCGCUGGUAUAGCUUCUUUGUUAGCUGCGUUAUGUUACGCUGAAUUUGGUGCAAGAAUUCCAAAAGCUGGCAGCGCGUACGUUUACACCUACAUCUCCGUCGGCGAAUUCUGGGCUUUCGUAAUUGGAUGGAACAUCAUAUUAGAGCAUAUGAUCGGUGCGGCGUCCGUGGCCAGGGCAUGGAGCGGAUACGUUGAUUCUCUAGCAGGAGGAGCAAUCAGCAAUUACACCCGCCGAAUAAUGCACGGGUACACAAUGGGGGAGCCACUUGGAACUAUACCAGAUUUUUUAGCCGCUGGAUUAUGCCUAGCUUACGCGAUGUUGUUAGCAUUGGGUGUUAAAUGUUCGGCAACGGUUAAUUCUUUGCUCACUAUCGUAAAUUUAGGCGUGAUGGGGUUGGUAAUCGGUCUGGGGAUAUAUUAUGCGAAACUUUCUAAUUGGAGCUGUGAGAAUGGAGGAUUCUUGCCGUACGGAUUCAGCGGUGUAUUAGCAGGUGCCGCAACAUGUUUCUACGCUUUCGUUGGCUUCGAUUCUAUAGCUACCUCUGGCGAAGAAGCGCGCGAUCCUGGGUACAGUAUACCACGAGCAACGCUAUUUUCCAUGGCAAUCGUAACCAUCGGGUACGUGAUGGUCGGCGCCGCUUUAACUUUAGUCGUGCCGUAUUGGAACAUCAAUCCAACAGCAGCGCUUCCCGAGGCUUUCUCAUCGAGAGGAAUACCAUGGGCGAAAUACGCGAUAAGUGUCGGGGCUUUGUGCGGAAUGACGACGACUCUCUUCGGAUCCCUGUUUUCAUUGCCACGGACAAUGUACGCCAUGGCGAACGAUGGUCUACUCUUUGGCUUUCUGGGCCACGUUAGCGAGCGCACUCAAGUUCCGGUACUCAACUUGGCUAUCAGCGGCUCUGUCAGUGCCUUAAUCGCCUUGCUCUUCGACCUUCAACAUUUAGUUGAAUUUAUGUCUAUCGGUACUUUCUUGGCCUAUACCAUCGUUUCAGCGAGCGUAAUUAUCUUGAGAUAUCGCCCUGAGAAAGUUACGCCGCUGCCAUCGAACGCUGGUACACCGAGCAGUUUGACAUCGCCUCCUACCGAGGGUGCGGAUUCCAACAGCGAUUGUAACAGCGUCACGUCCGCCGAAUCCGAGCUCUUAGAUCUGAGCGAGGGCACUGGCAAACUUACGUCACGUUACGUUUGGCUGGUGAAUUUCCUGGGUAACUGCAAACCUGGAGAUGCGGUCACUGGUUCCGUAAUGAUUUAUACGGCAGGUUGCAUUUCUUUGUGUUAUCUGUUAAUACUGAUAUCUCAAACGUAUUUUGCACCCGACUGGUGGGACUACUUCGUUCUGACAAACGUUGUUACAUUAUUGAUUGGCAGUCUUAUCGUUAUCUCUGCGCACCAACAAAGUCCACCUACUGGUAAAUUCCGCGUACCUAUGGUACCUAUAGUACCAGCUCUGAGUAUCUUAUUCAACGUUGGACUAAUGUUUCACUUGUCGCUUUUAACGUGGCUACGAUUUCUUGUGUGGAUGAUAGUCGGAAUGUUAAUAUACUUCCUGUAUGGGAUUCACUACAGUAAAGAAGCAGCGGGUCCAAAUUCGUACUCGAUCUUAAUGGCGACUUCGGAAGCUGGUCGGGGUGCGAAAUGGGGAGCGACGUUACGGGUUAAUCAGAAAAGCGAUAAAGUUCCGAUCUUAAACGAGGAAGAUUUCGUACAUUAGAAGCAUAGAGUUUUUAGAGAGCCAGAACUGUGUAAAAAUUAUGCCAAUCAACGCUGAAUGUAAGUAAAUUAUAAUACUUAGGGAAUUGGAAAAAUGUUACAGAAUCUGACCAUUGUUUUCUUACAUAUACCUCAAUUUGAAUUAGAGAUUAGAGUGUCUGAGGGAUCUUUGUACAUACCAAUGUUAUGUAAAACGCUAAGCCGAAUUGUAUCCCUUUCAAGUCAUUUUGUCUUUAAGAAUUAAGCAACUGGAUGCUGGAAGGAUUUCAAUGUAGGCAAGACUGUGCUUUUUUAGUAAUUUAUCUCGAUUAAUUUCGUCGAUCGAUUAUGUCGUACCUUAUUUGUAUAUCGCAAUUUAGUUGAAAGUAUUUCAAUCCCUAUAUUUUAUUAUAUUUAAUUAUAUUUUAUCGCGCACAAUUUUAUGGUAUAUACAGUCCUUUUAUAUUUUACAGAUAUAUAUUAAUUCUCGUUGCGCAUACAAAAUUUCAUCGUAUGCUGAUUGUACAUUAAAACGUUUAGUUGCGUGUUUAUACGGAUGCACAAAAAAACAAAGUGUAUCUAACGAUAUAGUACAAUAGUAAAAUUCAGUCGACUCUGAGAGAAGAGAAGGUAUCAUAUUCUUAGUACAAAUUUGAUUUCUAGAAACCCAUCGUCUGGUCCAGAAGAAUAAUAAGAUAUUCGGAACAUUUAUAAAUUUGAUGUUGCAAUCAAAAAAAAAAAAAAAAAAAAAAAA